GCAGUCGGGGCAGUGCUCGGUGGCUCCCUUGCGUCAAUAAAUGAGGUCGGCCAUACACCUGAAGCGAGAUUUCUUCCUCAGUCACGUGUCCAGCGCUCGCUCUGAGCUCUUCAUCAACCUGCGGGAGGUGAGCUCACGCUUUCGUUUGCUGGCCGGAGAGGACAUCGUGUUGUCCACUUUCGAGCCCAGCAAAGAGGGAGACUUCGUGCUCAGAGUUUUCUCAGAGAAACCAGCCAACUCACAGCUGGUGUUUGUGCAACCAUCAGUUCUGAAAACCUUCUGAGAGAAGAUUGUGCAGGAAGUAUUGCUGACAGUAAUCUUGAGAAUCUUGAUCUGGAUGACCAACAGCACAGCAGUGAAAGUGAUGACACUGAAACAGGCUCCUCUUCAGAUGAAAUCAGAGAGUUAUGGAGUGAUUUGGCAAAAUGGGCGGUUCGGAACAAAACAACACGGACAUCUGUAGAUGAGCUCCUUUCUGUGCUGAGACAUUGCCUGCCUAAGGAUGCCAGAACACUUUUGGGGACUCCUCGCCAUGUUGAUGCACAGAAUUUUGUGGUGGUAUUUCGGUCUUGAGUCUAGGCUUCUGAAAGUAUGUUCACAGUACCCAGAGAAAAUUAUGUUGAGAGAAAGUCAUGUCCUUCUCAAUUUUAACAUUUAUGGUUUGUCAGUGUUACGGUUUAUGUAUUUUUGGUCAAAGACUUAAUCAAGUUUCCUAACGAUAUUUGUAAUUAUUUUUAUAAGCUAUUCUGUGAAUGAUUGCAGUGUGUAUGAAAUUUGAAUGAAAAGCUUUUUCCCUCUGCAGUCUGAAAUCAUUAAACCCUUAAGAAAAUG